GAAGAAAUCGGAACAAGAAGAAAACGAAGUAAAUUUAAGACGUUUUUGUGAAAUCAAAGGGCUUUAUACGUUUUCUGGGUGGAUGGUUCCUUUAUAAUCUAUUCGCAUCUCUAUAAUUUGGUCUUUUUUCUGAUGUAGUUAUAGUUUAAUCGUAAGUGAGAUGAAGUCACCUUGAUGUGUUGCAUAUUUGAAACACUGUUGUAGAGAUAACAUGUUCCAUAAAAGAAUAAAGACCCUGCAGCAUUUACUGCAGUAUAAGAACUCUGCCCCCCUGUCCAGGAAAGCCUUUAGUUCCAGACUAGUUUUAGGCAUAGAGACGAGCUGUGAUGACACUGGAGCUGCUGUGUUGGAGGAGAAUGGUUUCAUACUUGGAGAGUCCCUGCAUUCACAGAAAGAGGUACAUUUGAGGACUGGUGGCAUAAUCCCAACUGUAGCACAGCAGCUCCACAGAGAAAACAUAGAGCGUGUGGUACAGGAAGCACUGGAAAGAAGUGGCGUGACCCCUAACCAGCUCUCAGCCGUGGCCACCACAGUGAAGCCGGGCCUGGCCCUUAGCUUAGGCAUCGGUCUGGACUUCAGCAAGAGGUUUGUGAAGGAGCACAACAAGCCGUUCAUCCCCAUCCACCAUAUGGAGGCGCAUGCCCUCACUGCCAGGAUGCUCCAGCCCAUCUCCUUCCCAUUCCUGGUUCUGCUCAUAUCUGGUGGUCACUCACUUCUCGCUGUGGCUCAGGGAGUUGAUGACUUUCUGCUUUUGGGUCACGCGUUGGAUGAAGCUCCCGGGGAUACACUAGAUAAAGUAGCCAGACGCCUGUCCCUCACAAAACAUCCACGGUGCUCUACGAUGAGUGGAGGACAAGCCAUAGAGCUUCUUGCAAAGGAUGGCGAUAGGACAAGGUUCCCUUUCAAGACACCCAUGGGACAAACAUAUGACUGCUGCUUUUCUUUUGCUGGCCUGCGCAACCAAAUUACACAAACAAUAAUGAAAAAAGAGGCUGAGGAAGGUGUAGAACAGGGUACACUGUUGCAGUGUACAAAUGACAUUGCAGCAGCUACACAACACACAGUUGCUUGUCAUCUUGCAAAGCGCACACAUCGUGCCAUCCUGUUCUGUAAGGCGAACAGCCUGCUGCCAUCAGAUAGUCCCACCUUGGUGGUGUCUGGAGGAGUUGCAAGCAACCAGUAUAUCCGUAAGACUUUAACGAUCAUCACCGAGGAGACAGGACUGCAGCUGGUCUGUCCUCCAGCUAAAUUCUGCACCGACAAUGGUGUAAUGAUUGCGUGGAAUGGUGUUGAGCGUCUCAGAGAAGGAAAAGGGAUACUUUCUCCAGAUGUGAAUGUCUGCUAUGAACCAAAGUCACCACUGGGCGUGGACAUCACAACGGAGGUGAAAGCUGCAGCGAUCAGGUUGCCAUCAGUCAAGAUAAAAAUCCCCAACUGACAGAUGUUUAGAUUUUUAAUGAUCAUUGUGUACCAUGUAGGCUACUUACAGAGGUGUAUGUUGAAAACUAAUUUCACUGAUAUUUAUUUAUAAAUGGAUUUUCUGUAAUGUC